CUGCAAUCCUGUUUUCCUCGGAAAGUAGUUCGUGCAUUGGUGAGGGCUAACGUCCGCUUCCACCAAGGGUGAUAUCGCAGACAAAGAGUUUUAUAGGAUAACAGAAAUUUUAAUCGUUGGUUUACCGAUUAAGUUUAAAGAAUUAUAACUUUACAUGAAUCUUGUGAUAAUAACUCUGUGUUCGCGAAAGUAAGAUCGGGUUUAUUUAUUCACAUAUAAUAUGAACGUGUUUCUUAUUCCUUUUACUUGAAUACCAACAAACAUACGAAACUGCGUGAUAUUCAGCCAGUAUAAAAUGAACGUGUUUCUUAUUCCUUUUAUAUUAAUAUCACACGGAGUCCGUGGAUCCAGUGUUGAACAUGAAACAGCUAUACGAACUGAAUUAUUCACCAAUAGAAGUUAUGAUUUAAAAGUUAGACCAAAUCCAACAGUUUUACUUCAAGUUCGUUUAAAUCUUCUCACCAUAAAUCACAUGGAUAUCCUUGAGCAGAGUUUCAAAGUAACAGGGUGGCUGACCGUGGAAUGGCACGACAAGAGACUAUCCUGGAUGAAACCUUCUAACGAAAGUGUUGGCUUUAUCUUCGCCACAGAGGAAAAGGUCUGGCGACCUGCCCUUAUUGUUAGCAAUUCAAUAAACCAUUUUGAGAUAAUUCAAGAUGAAUAUUGUCCCUUUAGGAUUGAUAAUACUGGUAGGAUUAUUUGGGAUCCUCCAGGAAUCUAUGAAGUCAACUGUAAAGCCGAAAUCACAUACUAUCCAUUCGACACCCAGGAAUGUUCCAUUAUUUUACAAAGUUGGGGAUACAAUCUACGGGAGGUGAAUAUAACGGUUCUUGAUAACGCUGUCAACACCAGGUUGAUGAAACCGAAUGGAGAAUGGGAUAUGGAAAGACCAUAUUAUGAAAUAGUCAGGAAUCGGGACAUCAAGCAGGAUGAUUACAGUCAGAUUAGGUUCCAUUUCAAACUCAGGCGAAGAUCUCAAUAUUAUUGGCUGAACAUCAUCUUACCAGUUAUUGUGAACUCUGUCCUUACCGCCUUAGUCUUUGCUUUACCUGCUGAGUCUGGGGAAAAGAUUGGUUACUCUCUGACUGUCCUCUUGUCAUUCAUUGUGCUGUUGACUCUUGUGGCUUAUAAGAUUCCUUCCAUAUCACUUGAUACUUCACUUAUAGUUGUGUACGUCGCAUUAGUGUUGAUACUGGGAGCCAUGUCAGUCUUUUUUACCACCAUAGUGCUGGAUCUAUACUUCCGUGACGUGAAUGAGUCUAUACCUGUUUGGUUGUUGUUUUUAUUUCAGAAUAUCAUGGGGCGUCUUGUCUUUUAUAAAGGAUGUAAACGGCGACAAUUUAAGAAAAAGGUAAAUAGAGUCAUUUCAAGUGUAGAGAUCAAAUCAAUCAAGCCGAAAAACGAAAACGAUGAAAUCGAAAAUCCGACAGAAUCCCAGUUAGAGGACACUGGGGAAAGGCUGCUUUCUUGGCAGGAUAUUUCUAAAAUAUUGGACAGAUUUUUCCUGUGGUUUUAUUUGAUAUUGAUAAUAGUAAUAAAUAUCGCAUUUCUGACAAUCACAUCUGCCAACAGUAGCUAAAUUCUUUAUUCACUUUGAUAUUUUGGACAUAAAACCAUCUCUUUAAUUAUGCUUUGUAAAAUCAAUAAAAUUAUAACUGAUCA